AUGGUUAUCCCCAAUGACACUAUCUGUGCCGCCCUCGACUACGGCGGGGGCGUUUGCUUCGGUCCCCAGACCUUCGUCAUCUAUUCCUGCGCCCCCCUGCCGGAGAGUUUCCAACUGCUCAAAAAGAAUAUCGCUCUCUAUGUCCAAUUGACAACAUCCGCGUCGCUGAUUUGUGAGACGCUGCCCGUCCACGUGGAUUUGAAACCCCCCGCGGUGGCCCAGCUGGCCGCCUUGCCGGUGCCCCCCGCCCGAAUGGUCAACACGAUUUACCACGUCCCCUGGUUCUUAUUCCCCGCGGCAACAUUAGAGAAACAUUGUGUGAUUGGGAACGGAUCGGCCGUGAAGUCCUUGCUUGUUAUCUUGCAACGACCCUGGUGUGUACUAGAGGUCUGCUGCUGUGAUAUUGAGACUGUCGCGGCAAUGCGGGAAUUCGCCCAAUUGGCAGCGCAAGUAGACCCAAACAACUACGACACAGCAGUCCGACUUUUGUCUCAUGAACACCGGAUGAGAACAUCGCCGCUGACGGCUGACAUCUCCCGCUCUGGUGACCCCUAUGCGUCGUCACGGUGCUCGGUCAAGGCACUCCGCGAUAUCUACGCAGCCACCACCCUCACCUACUCGUACAAUCGGUUUUGGCUGACGCUGAUCUGCAGUUGCGCAGUGCAUCUGGAUGUUCCCUUCUCAGAGGUCGUCCGACGGAUCUGCGACGGACUGCGCGACAGACCUGAGGCAACGGACAGUAGACUGUACUGGAUUUGCCUAUAUAAAGUGUUGCUCAGAAAGAUAGGCGAUUGGGUGACUUGA